AAGUCAGCACAAGUGUCGGGCUCUUAAAACGAGGCCCGGCUCGCCGGUCCGGCUGUACAGUACGUACUUCAUUCCCGCCACCGCCGCAGAUAUGAGUGCAGAGACCAAGAAGCCAAUCUUCUCGCAGGGAGAGGACUGCAAAUCGGACUGGAGACUAGCGCGCGCCAAGUUCGAUGAAUCCGACUCCCACUUGGAGAUCCUGGGGAAACCAGUCAUGGAGCGUUGGGAGACUCCAUACAUGCAUUCGCUAGCCACCGUCGCAGCCUCGAAAGGGGGGCGAGUUCUGGAGAUUGGAUUUGGAAUGGCCAUUGCUGCCACUAAGAUUCAGUCCUUAAAUAUUGAGGAGCACUGGAUCAUUGAAUGCAAUGACGGUGUGUUUAAUAGGUUGCAGGAGUGGGUGAAGCAGCAACCUCACAAGGUUAUUCCCCUCAAAGGACUCUGGGAAGAUGUCGUCCCAACGUUACCAGAUACACAUUUUGAUGGAAUUCUUUAUGACACAUACCCUCUGUCAGAAGAAACCUGGCACAUACAUCAGUUUGCUUUUAUAAAGGAACACGCUUUGCGUUUGUUGAAGCCUGGCGGUGUUCUUACAUAUUGCAACCUGACGUCCUGGGGAGAGCUACUGAAGGGAAAGUACAAUGACAUUGAGAAAAUGUUCCAGGAGACCCAAGUAUCGCAUCUGGUGGAGGCUGGUUUCAAGGAGGAGAACAUUAAGACCACUCUGAUGGACAUCACCCCCCCUAAAGACUGCAGAUACUACUCUUUUCAUAAGAUGAUCACACCAGCCAUAACCAAACAUUAACCAGUCAAUCAUUGAGAUCUGCUAUGUAGAACAACUAUUUCUCAUUGGGAUUCAGUAUGGUCAUACAGUCACAGAACACUAUAACACAGAACAGGCCCAUCAGCCCAUCUAGUCCAUACCAAACUGUUAUUCCAGCUAGGCGCACCUGGACCAUAGCCCUCCAUGUACUUAUCCAAAUUUCUCUUAAAUGUUGAAAUCAAACCCAGAUUCACCUUUUCUGCUGGCAGCUCGUUCCACACUCUCUCCACCCUCUGAGUGAAGAAGCACCCUCUUGGGUUCCUCUUCAAAUAUCUUUUAAGAAAAUUAAAUUUUAAUUAUUAAUUUUAUCAUAUCCAACAUGGAUUUCUUUAGAUCCAUGGUGAACAGAAAUGAAGGCAAUAAAACUAGACUAUCUGUGUCUAUAGCAGCAGCUAUCUGGAUUUCAAAGUGUGUAUUCCCACAUUUGCCUUUCAAUCUUAAUCUUGCCCUCACUGGAUGUCUUACUUUUUUUUUGUUUUAAGUAUUUUAAGUAGGGAUGAUUGCAGAGCUGCUCUGGACCAUUUAGGACAGUCCUUCCAGGUUACUGUACGUGUAAUCUCCCUAUGUUCAGAAUCCACAGCUAGUGUCCUACUUGCAACUAAUGUAAUUGUGAAUUCCCAAUAUGUCUAACUUGAGUGGAAGUAACCAAUUAGUCUCACAGUAGCAAAAUUUAACAUAAACAGUUUUGCCUGCAUGAUUGCUAACGUUGGGGAAAACGGAAACUACUGCCAGAUAGCGGUGUUGGGUACAAUGUUGCAGCAUUUUUUUACUGAGGGAAACUUGGAAUAAAAACCUAUCAAAUAAUAUCGUGGCAUCACAUUCCUUGUAUAUAAAGUUUUCCUUAAAUGUCUGAUCUCCAUCAGUACGCAAGACCACAGAUUAGAAAUAUUUUCUUGCUGCUAGCUUUAGUCAGCUAGAACAUUCACUGUACUUGAAUUUUGCACUGCCACUAUUCCUUUCUGUAUCAAUGGAGUUUUGCCAAUUCUCCAGAAAGUUUAUUGGGAAACAAUUUCAUCAGUAUCAGAAUGCAAUCAAUAGCAAUGAUAAACACGUCAAAGGCAAGGAUAUAAAGCGUUGUGGUUGCUUUGUGAAACUCAUAUCUUCUCAGAGCAUAACACUGAAAAUAGAUGAAAGAAAAGCCAUA